AUGAUGAACAAUAUUAAGACAGAUAAAGAAUUUGAAGCUUUAAUAGGAAUGAUAAAGUUAAGAAACAGUGAUAAAAGACAAGAACUGAUGCGAUACGAAAAAGUUAAGAAGACAAGAUUCCAAAUAGAAGUGCUUAAUAUGUUGUAUAAUAUUUAUAAAUUUCCCUCCACACACUCUAGAAAGGAUUUAGGAUUGCUAAUAGCACUUCCACAAAGAUGCAUUCAAGUGUGGUUCCAAAAUACAAGACAGGCUAAUAAAAAGCGUCGCCCUACAGGCUCCAAAAGAUCGAUACCUCCACAACCAGAAGAAGUUCCUAUCUCAACUCUCUUAGACAUAAUUGAUAAAUGCCAAAUUUAUAAAAAUGAGUGA